CUGCCUCGCGCGUCGCCGGCCGACACCCGCGAACUUUACUUGUUUAUACAUAGCGAUAACUGUGUCAACAACGUAACACGUGCUACCGUACAAAGUGAUAAAACUUAUAAAACAACUGUGAUUACAGUGUUUCUGGAUUAACUGCACUCUCACAUGGAUCGGUAAAUUUAAAAAGUUUCAAAAGAUACCGCGCGCCGUAAUGUUGGAACAUCGUCCGUAUUUGAUAUUUAUGCCCAUACAGUUAAUGACAAGUGAUACACAACGUAGAUAGUGUUUUAAAAAUGCAAUGUUAUUAUAAUGACAAGCCCAAGACGUUCUAAAAAUAGUGGAGCACAGUGUGCCGUGCAAGUGUCCGACUGGGAUUUAUCGUCUUCGGACACAGGUACCGUGAAAAGAAGAAGAUCUUCUUGUCCUGAGAAUUCAAGGAAACAAACCACUUCACAACAGGAAGCUAUAUUCGAAGUACAAACACCCUCAGACUCCGGCAGUGGGACCUCGCGGAGUAUAGACGACAGAUCCGAUUCACUUACUGAUGUAGAAGAAAGAAUAUCCUGCAUAAUAAAUGAGAACAGAUCCUCUCAAAGCAAUUCCGAAUCUAGCGACGUAGACAUUAUAAUAGAUAGCAUCUUCGGGAAUCCCAGCGAAACUCUAUUUGAAGCGGCACAAAAUGAUUCACUCCUACGUGAUCGUAGCAAAACUUUUAUCAAACCAGAGACUUUGUCUGCUAACGAGAAACAUGAUAUUGCUGCUGCCGAGGUUCCCGGCGACAAAAAGGUCAAAGACAGACGUCUUAAAACGCCCGCACCAAUAAAGAAACUAAAUAAAACUUUCGAUUUAGGUAAAAAUAGCUCAAAAUUAGUUAAAGAACCAUUAAAACCGCAGGAAAAAGCGAGUGUGUUACCAGUGUACAAAAGUACUGUAAAAGGAAGUAUAGAUUUAAAUUCUAGCCAAAAGAAAAAAGUUACAACUAAACUAAAGUUACCUUUUACUCCAGUCAGAACAAUGGAUAAACCAAAGAUAAAUUUCUUUCAAAAUAAAACUAACUUGCAAGAAGGGAAACCGUCGCCAUUACUCUCUUCGCCAGUGAGACGAACGAUAUCCAACGAGUAUGUGCGCUUAAAGUUCACUAACGACACUGUGAUAAGGCGAACUAUUGACGGCAAAUCUGUACCAAAGAUAUCACCUAAGAUACAGUCCAUUAUACCCGAGAGCCCUAUCGACACCGAAGAUCCCUUUUUAAACCUUAGUCCCAAUAAAAAAUACACAGUAACUGUGAAUAAUAAAGUGAGGUGCGACAAAGACAACUAUGUUAUUUUCGAUCCGAACACCGGAUUCGCGCCGGACGGUUCGAGGCAAUCACGAAUUCCUUUGAAGUCGCCAACUGGUGACAAAUCCCGCAUCCCUCUGAAGUCUCCAGGCGGUGAAAAUUCCGGUGUAGUCCGUAAGUCGGCGAAUGUUAGUGACACAGACAGUGGUAUAUUGUCCCCGAAUUCUCCGGUAGAAACGAGUGAAAAGGGAUCGGCGUACUACGUGAACGCCGCGGCGUUCAGUGAGACGGCGAAGAAAUGUGCUAAUGACUUUGACAUCACUAUCUUGGAUCCAGAGCUGGCGAAGAAGGCUGCUGAGCAAAUUCAGAUCUACACAGACUGGGCGAACCACUACCUGGAGCGGGCGCGGUCGAGAAGACGCGCGGGUGCUUCAGGUGGUGGGCUGGCUCGGGACUGCGCUGAUGGGCUGCUACUGGCUGAUGUGCUGGAAGGUGUGACUGGCUUGAAGGUGCACCGCGCGCAUCGCAAGCCGCGCAACCCGCAACAAAUGUUGGAGAACGUUCAAUGCUGUUUGGAUUUCCUUCACGCGCAAAAAGUCCAAGGAUUAGAACAAGUAACAGCUGCGGACAUCCGGGAUGCUAAAUUAAAAGCAGUCUUAGCAUUAUUUUUUGCGCUCAGCCGACAUAAACAAGCCACAAAACAAAGAACAGCGCCAUCUACCGGUACUGGUACGAACGCAAGCAAAAACUCCAGCGAAGAUGUUUCAUUAAAUGCAGUCCAACGCAUAACAGGUGGCAGCAGUUGCGAUGAAAUUUUAACAGCGUGUGGCAACAACGUCGAGAUGACGACGUUAACAGCAAAUAGGCAAGUGUCGGUGCUGCAGACGUCGAUCCCGCUGCCGGCGUCCGCAGCCGCCGUCCGCCGUGCCCCGCCUGACAAGCGACCACUGCCGGCGACGCCGUCGCAUACAGGUGGCAAAAGUGGUUUGUCUGCGAGCUCCAGUCGUUCUACUAGCCCGCUGGGACAGGGAGCAGUCAGCUUUAUACCGCGAGCGCCAACUUCUUCAUCCGGGUCUCGACCUAACUCCUCGCUCCUAGCGCCUGGAAGUAAAAUCCCAUCGACAUUGUCGCAAACGCAGCAGCAUCAACAAUCACCGUCCAGUCAAAAUGGAACACCCACCAAGCAUUCCAUGCUCGACAAACUGAAGCUUUUCAAUAAAGACAAGAUAAGUAAUGAAAAGCAAAACAGCAAGAGUACUGCAGUAUCGAAAAGAACCAGUUCAUCCAGUGGCUUCUCAUCAGCUAAAAGUGAAAGAUCCGACUCCAGCCUCAGUCUUAAUGAGUCUUCCAAUACACCCAACUCACAUAUCAAAUCUUCUAAUCUAGUAGGACCCAAAAUACGGCAACAAAGCGAUACAUUAUCAAAAGACAAGUCUGCUAAAAAUGUUAAAUCUAAGUUAGUUAGUUCCAAAUCCCCUAAAGAAUCCUCAACGAAUUUGAGCAAGAGCAGCAGUAAAACGAGCAGCAGUGACAAAUCGAGAAAUAGCCCGAAGCUUCCUGCUCGUGAUAAAGAAUCUAAAAUAGCUGCUCCGAAAUCAAUCAGUAACACCAAACUAAAUCAAAUCGAUGAUCAUUCAAGGAAUUCUAACUCGAAGAUGGUGAAACUUUCCGGUAGUCAAAUGAGACUCAGCGAAAAACGGUCUGAUAGCAGAUCAGACAUUAAGAACCACCAGAGUAACGAAAAUGUAUCACCACCAUCAAGUCAAGGAAGCCAAAACCAAGCAGCAGCAAAUUUUGGACCCCAAACUGGAAUUCCAAAACCAACAGCUGCUGUGAAAGGAACAUUCAAAAUAGCAAAAGAUGAUAGACAUAUUAUACACAAAAGUACAAAUAGUCAAUUAAGUCCUAUACAAAGCAAUUCUAGUUUAAAUUCUACAAAUAACGUAAGUGCACUUCCGUUCAGUAGAGAACAGUCUAAUUUAAGUAAAGAUAUAACACAAAAACAGACUUUAGCUGUAUCGCCGAUGCCUGUGAGCACAGGAAGUCAUACUCACACUUCGCAAAUGUCUGAAAGUUCCCAUUCCAACUCCACUCACAGUACUACAGGCCAACAUUCUAAUUCCAGUGAUAGUAGCGUUAUAUACCGUCCUUCCAGUGAAUCUGGUUCAGAAAUAUCUAAAACUGCUACUAGCAACGUAAAUAAAAGACUGGACAUGAAUACCACUUAUAUAAAUGGAGUUAUAAACGAAGCAGAAAUAUCAGAAAAAGAAGCAGCACAGAGAAGACCUUUGGACAAAUCUGUUCCAAAACCUACAUUUGAUCAUAACAGAACGUUGACCGAGUUGAACAAAAGGAUGGAUGACAGUCGGUCUAGUACGCCAUCCCAUUGUCGUGACAAUUCACUUGGCGACGACGAGAAUCCAAUGAUGAAUGUAUUACCCAUGAGACCAUUGUUACGAGGAUACAACAGUCAUCUGACGUUGCCCAUGAGAACUUCGGGCUUAACACAAAAGAAUAUUCCCGGUUAUCCUCAUCACGCUAACACGGUGAAAGCAAAUUUUGGCAGGGAAAAUAUGGGAUUGCGUGACCGUAUUAAUUACGGUCCCGGAUUUUCCAACCCGGAUUAUUGUGAUCUUGAAAUAGCUUCAGGGUACAUGUCAGACGGUGAUUGUUUACGACGGAUAAAUCUUGGAGAAAUGGAGUGUGCGAGAAAUAACGAUAUGAUGGAUGGAUACAUGUCGGAAGGAGGCGCUUCACUGUACGGUCGGCGAAUGAACUACCAGCAGCCUUCGCAGCUACAGCAACUUGAUGAAAGACGCGGCGGUCGCAAUAGGAUGGAAGGAGGUAGCGGUGUGGUAUACCGUGUGGUGGGGCGCACGCGCAGUAAGGCGGACUGCGGCCAACAGACUGAACGACAGCCGCCGGCGCCGCGGCAACAGGACACCACCUGGAAGAAGUACACCGACUCGCCUGGAGUUGGUGCUCCUCCACUGAACCAGCCAGCACCUGCGCCACCCAGCCCAUCACAUGGCAGGAAGGGAGAAAGACGUGCUGGCCAUCACUCGCCUCAGCACCACAAGCGGGAGAAGCUGACUGCGGCCCAGCAGCUUGGAAUCGCACCGCAUCCACAGUAUGCUGCAUCGAAUUCUGGGCAACAUCCCGCAAGAAGUGGGGGAUCACAGCAGCUCCAGUCUCCUGGAGGUGGAUCCCGGCCGUCUAGCGUGUCAAGCGGAGGCAAUGGUAGCACUUGUUCAUCAAGUAAAGCGAAAGUGCCACAAAGCUUCGGCUACGUGAAGAGACAGAAUGGUGUUCAACAACCAGUACCGCAGUCCAAUGGGCCACCACAACAUGGUGGACGGACAGCUCAAGUUUCUGCUGUGCCAAGGACGAAAGUCAAAGUAUCGGGUGGUACACAAACGUGUACACAGGAUCUCCAAAUUCACAAAAAUGGAAUCGGUCCGAAAUCAUUUUCUUUGGGUGGCACAGCGGCCGCGCAGCUCUCGGCUUCGGUUCGGGAGCGAUUGCUGGGGUCCCAGUCUUUGCCCAAACCGGGAACACAUGAGUUCGCUGCCCUCUUCCAUCAUCACAGGAUCGCACCUAGAGGUGGCAUUAAAAUAAGUGACGGCAGUCUUUCUGAUACCCAAACAUAUUCCGAAGUAAAGUCUGACUACGGGAUCCCGUAUGCACCUUGGCUAAGACACAGCAAUACAUAUUCGGCGAGUGGUCGCCUGUCGGAGGGCGAGUCGAUGGAGUCGCUCACGUCGCUGCACUCUGCGCAGGCGCACAACCACACCUCCUCCCCUAACUCACACCACCGCAGCUCACUCACACACAAUAAGCUCAUCAUGCACCGAGACGCACAGGGCUCCCGGUUAAACAGGAGCAACAGUAUUAGCUACCUCAGAGAUAGGACAUUUCCAAGGUCAACAAAAUCGGAGAAGCUUUACCCUUCGAUGCUGCAAAGAUCUUCGGAGAGUGACUAUGAACCGUACUAUUGUUUACCUGUGCAAUACGGACCAUCUGGACAAGGUCUGAACUACGGCGUGUCGGAGCCACCGUCGCCGUCUCCGAGGUCAGCUCUAAGCCCGACGCAUCAGCCUGGCAAUGUGAUGCACACGCCUCGACACUCACACCACUAUCCUAAAAAGAAUGAUGAUGUGCACGGAUCUACUGCAUCGUUGGUGUCGACGGCAUCGUCAUUGGCAGCUGGCGCUGGGUCGGAGGAGAGGCAGGCACACGAAGUAAGUGGGGUCCGGAAACUGCGGAGGGAACUCGCUGACGCUAAAGAAAAAGUGCACACGCUGACGACACAACUAACAACUAAUGCUCACGUGGUGUCUGCCUUCGAACAGAGUCUAUCCAACAUGACGCAACGGCUGCAGCAGCUCACGGCAACCGCAGAGAGAAAGGAUUCGGAGCUAACGGAGUUACGUCAAACUAUUGAGCUGCUGAGGAAGCAAUCGAUUCAAGCGGGGCUGACCACGGCUCACAUGCAGUCCAUGGGUAUUCGGGCGGACGGCGUUAAUGUCACCGGACCGGAGCCAAACAGUCAAACGCAAUCGUCUCCCCAACGUACAGCGCAGACGGGCAAUGGAGCAAUCACGCGACAUCUGUCCACCGACAGUGUCUCAAGUAUCAAUAGCCUUAGCAGUGGCUCAUCUGCACCGCACGACAAGAAACACAAGAAGAAAGGAUGGCUCCGCUCAUCGUUCACGAAAGCUUUCUCGCGGAACGCCAAGAUAUCAAAGACAGCGAAGCACUCCUCCCUCGGGCAGUUGUCGUCACAAGACAGCUCCUCGGGAUCCCAUCACUAUGACGACCCGCACACGAUCCGAGAGGGAAGCAACGAGAACAGUCUCGAACAUUCCCAUGAGACGCUCGACGUUAAGGACAAGCCGUGCCCCCCGGCCAAGACGGAAGACCAGACCAAAGAUAAACCAGAUGACUCUGGGCUAGUUGAUGAGUUGAAGAGGCAAUUAAGAGAAAAAGAUUUGGUGCUAACAGAUAUUCGAUUAGAGGCUCUCAGUUCAGCGCAUCAACUUGAAAGUCUUAAAGACACCGUCAUCAAAAUGAGGGUACACUUCCAGAACGAGAUGUUGAACCUCAAACAGAACAAUGAGCGACUGCAGCGGCUUGUGACGUCACGGUCACUGGCUGGCAGUCAGAGCUCGUUGGGUACUGGAGGCUCCGCCGUCGAGGAUCCAAGGAGGUUCAGUCUCGCAGACCAGGCUACUAUGCAUCAGGCGACGCUAGACAUGCACUCGCAACCUCUAGACCUAGACUUCAACUGUAUGUCAUCGACCCCCACCAUGGAUUUCUCCAAAAAAGGCUCGCCUAAAUCGGGCAUGGUCGAACCCAUAUAUGGCAAUAAGGCCGCAUGCGAGCUUAAUGAAAACAGCGAGACCCUAUUAGUAGCGCUGAAUGGCAGCAGUGAUUUAUUCGCGAACGGACUCAACGCGACGGAGCGGCUCAGCGGAGACUACGACAUUAACAGCGUGCUCCCGCCACCGAAGACACGAGAGCUAGCGAUAGGGGAAAGCUAUUCCGAUAUCGGUGUUGCAGACAGCCAGGGCGAUACGACUGAUGGAAAGAAGAUAGCUAUAGCCGUUUACUUAGGACAGCCGGAAACAUUCCAAAGAUAUUUCGAAGAAGUUCAAGAUACGCUAACAGAAUCAGAAUGUAGAUUCUACGCCAAACAAUCGGCGAGCUCAUACAACAACCACUUUGAGAAGCAGUCCAGUUUCGACUCGCCGCGGCUAUCACAAAACCGCAGCCCUGAAACUGAGACGCAAGACUACUCACAAAUAAAUAAGUCUAACACAAAUAGCCUUAAAAGCAAUAAAUCUACGCACAGUAGUUCGUAUAAGAACGUUUAUAAUAGUGAUUCGACAAUAAACUGUAACGAAUUCACCAUAGCUUACACUUAUAUAUCUGGCAAGACUACUUGGCAGAACUUAGAUUAUAUAGUUAGGAAGACUUUUAAAGAUUACUUGUCUAGAAUAGACUUGGGAACGAAUCUCGGCUUGAACACUGAUUCGAUAACGUCGUAUCACUUGGGCGAAGCGACGCGAGGCCCUGAAAUAGGUUUCCCUGAGCUGCUGCCGUGUGGUUAUAUUAUUGGCACUGUCAAUACGCUGUACAUCUGCUUAGAAGGAGUCGGAAGCUUGGCGUUCGAUAGUCUUAUACCAAAAAAUAUUGUAUAUAGAUAUGUUUCACUGCUAUCGGAACACCGGCGAAUAAUUUUAUGCGGACCGAGCGGCACGGGGAAAUCGUAUCUAGCGGCAAAAUUAGCAGAGUUCUACGUUCAGAAGACGCAACGUAGAGGCAACCCUGCUGAAGCCGUCGCUACAUUUAAUGUUGACCGCAAAUCCUGCAACGAGUUGCGCGCCUACCUGGCGAAUAUCGCAGAACAGUGCGGCGCUGCAGCGGCCGGUGAAGAAGCUGCUUUACCUUCCGUAGUCAUACUGGACAACCUCCAACAUGCCUCAGCUUUGGGAGACGCCUUCGCUGGUCUACUGCCUCCUGACAACAGAAAUAUGCCUGUUAUUAUCGGCACUAUGUCCCAAGCAACGUGCAACACAACGAACCUGCAGCUCCAUCACAACUUCAGGUGGCUGCUCACAGCUAAUCACAUGGAACCCGUCAAAGGAUUCUUAGCUAGGUACCUCCGUCGCAAGUUAUUCACCCUGGAACUCCGGCUGGGCCGUCGUGAGCCAGCUCUAGCCGCCGUUCUUGAAUGGCUGCCCGGAGUCUGGUCCACGCUUAACGCCUUCUUAGAAGCUCACUCCUCCAGUGACGUCACUGUAGGCCCGAGGCUGUUCCUCGCCUGCCCCAUGGAUCUGGAGGCUAGUCAGGCGUGGUUCGCAGACGUAUGGAACUACAGCAUCGUCCCAUACGCGUCGGAGGCAGUACGUGAGGGCAUUGCCCUCUACGGCAGACGACGACACGCCGCCAUCGACCCGCUGCAGCAUAUCAAGUCUUCGUACCCCUGGAGAGAACCCAACCAUUCACAUACUCUAAGAGCCAUCACAGUGGAGGAUAUUGGAAUUGAAGAAUCAAAUCAAGAUUCCAACACAAACAACAACCAAGAUCCUUUGUUGAACAUGUUAAUGCGACUACAAGAAGCAGCGAACUACAGCGGAAACCAAAGUCAGGACUCUGACAACGCGAGCAUGGAUUCGAAUCUCACGCACGACAGUUCAAUGGGCAACGAGCUAUAACGAGCGACACGACGGCCCGACUGUAUUGUGACGUCACUAUACUCUAAGAUUUUAUACUACCCGCUGGUAUUCUGUGAUAUUGCUUUUCAACAUAUUGUAGUUGAGAAUAUAGUAAUACCAGCAGCAAUUCCAUGCAGUGUAUGAACUAAACUGACGUUCCUUACAUGUGGAUUAUAAAUAUGAAUAUAAAGCCAAAUAUUUGCCAUAUGUACAUUAUUGAUAUUUAUUAUUUACUUAUUAUAAGUGUUAAUUUAGUUGCGAUUUUAUUAUUAAUAUAAUAUUUUUAGUUGUUUUUUUUCUAUAUUUUAUCGCUAAAAUUAAUAGCGGUAUUUAAGUUAAUUUACAAAGGUUUUACUCGGCAAUAUUUGUGUGAACUAGCAAAUAUCGAUAGCAUGAGUAUGGAGACCUUUUAAUAAAGUCUGUUUUUGUUUCUUUUACAUACGAGAUAAUAUAAUUCCACUCAUAAGUGAAUAAGAAAUAAUAACAGUGCCUGGAGCGAUGAUUUUUCCAUUUUUUUACGACGUAAUUACAAUGUUAGAUCUAAUACUGUUUAUAUGAAGCAUUGUGGCUUUUACUAUUGUUAUAUUUUUUCAAAGUUAGGAUACGAACCGCAUUUGUAUUACUGAGUAUGUAACAUAUGAAAGUGUAAUUUUUAUACCAUUUUCAUAUUAAAAAUUUCAUGUACCUAAUAUAAAAUAUUUAAGUGUAAAUAUGUUUAAUAUAUUUUCAUUUUGUAUGCGAUUACACUAACCGCUAUCUAUCAUAAACAGCGUUACUUUUGUAUAGAAAUGCGUAACAACUGUGUUACAGUGUUCGGUAUGGAUUGACUCGUGUGCAUAAGUGAAACGUGAUAUCUACAAUCUAUGCUUUACAGAAAAAUGUGAAAUAAAAAAUGAUUAUAAAAAUCA